AUGUCGCUGACUGGCACGACGAAGGCGCGAGCUAUCAAGACGGAGAGAUCGCACUUGGAGCUCUUGGGCACCCAUCUCUCGACCAGUUUGCAUGCGGCGCGAGACGGGAGCUCGGUGGUGGAGGCGCGCAACUGGCAGUCGCCUCUCAAGGUGCCCAGCCCUACGGAGAGCGACGGCGACCAUGUGCAAGCUGCUACGCACAUCUUCUCGAUGACGCAACCAGCAGUGCAGCCCGCGUCGACAGAGCCGAUGGAAGCAGUCGCUGCUAUUCCGACUGCAUUCACGCAGCAGGCUCCGAGCCUCGAGGACUUUGCCGACGAAGCCGUCGAGCCAACACUGGGGCACACGUUGUUCGUCGCAUACGGUCAUCCAUUCAUGACCGAGUGA